UCAUGCUGCUGCCAAGUCCAGAGUCUCUCAUGGGUCCCUGUACGGCGUCCCAUUGCUGCUGUCUCCAUCGCCACACUCUCUGCCAUGUGCCACUUUCAGGUCUCCUCACACUGCUGGUGUGUUCAAUUUUUUGUCAUAGGGUGCUGGCAGAUUACGGGCCUCCCAUAGCUGCUGCCAGGCCCCUAAUCUGCCAUGGGCCCCUAUACCGCCUCCUCAUGCUGCUGCCAGGUCCAGAGUGUCUCAUGGGUCCCUGUACGUCCUCCCAUUGUUGCUGUCUCCAUCGCCACACUCUGCCAUGUGCCACUUUCAGGUCUCUCCUCACACUGCUGGUGUGUUCAAUUUUUUGU